AUGUGGAAAACACUUCUCUUGGGGGCGAUUUUCCUUUGCUGUUAUCCAGUCAUUGAGGGCAAACCAAGGCAGAGUGGUAAAUAUGCGUUCAUUAGAUACUGUAAGAUCCUCACAGUUUCUUCUUAAUCGACUUCUUCGUUUUCAUAGGCUGCCCCAGAACAAAUAAGGUACGAUUCUGUGGCAAGACCUGCUCGACUGACGGAGAUUGCCGAGGAAAUAGAACAUGUUUAUGUGAUGGAGACUGUGGAAUGAUUUGCGUUAAAAACAGUGAGUGGAUAUGAUAUGAUUAUGCGAAGAUUUCUAGAAAUCAAACGAAAAAUUUAAAGCAAGGAUAUAUGAACAUGUCUUGUUUCAUGGCUGGACUUUAACGAGAUUACAUGGAAUAUAUUUCACGUAGGCGCUUUCUGAGAGAAGUACACACAUGUAGAAAUUAGAGUACUCUGUCUAGAGAACAUAUCUUUACGAUUAUACGACAUAUACAGAAUUAUCUAUUAUAAUUACGGAACUGUAAUGUAUUCAGAGAUAACAGCAAGAUUUCUCUCAAACAUCACAAAAAAACAAACAGGAAACACGACGAAGAUUACGUUUAAUACGUUUUAAUAUAAUCGUUUAAUUCAGUUUUCCAUUAUGCUAAGAGAGUAGUUCUAUGUGUUCUAAUCAAACGUGUCUAUCAACAAGGACUCUUGAUAAGACAUUAUUUUCCCCGUUUGCGUCACGCAAUUUGAUAACCAAGAUUUUUCGUGAUGAGCCAGCCACCGGCGUGACUCGACGAAAAUGACGUAGAAAUUCCUAUUACGUUUUAGGUGAGGCAUGAUAUCUUAAUCAACAGAUAACUACCCCACUUUUUGCCACCUGGAUACAGUUACCUAUACUUAGUUCUUGAGAUAAUUCUGUGGAUAUGUUAAAGGAAGAAUCACUGUAUAUGCUCUCAACGCUUUAUUCGAGGUGAGAUUACUAAGCUCGAUAGUUAACACUUGCAAGCCUUACUGAAUCAGGCCUACCCGCUCGUGUGAGAGCAUUGUUACCCCAGGGUUUAUAGCUGGGGUUUUACGGAUAGUGGCUGGUAAGAACUACGCCAUCAAACCUUCCAAUGGAAAAUGCACGUCGAGAAAAGAUGUAGGCUCCUGAUCAUAUAAUAAUUUUGUUCUUUGUAUCGUAUCAACGAAGUAAGAGGACGACGAAUGCCCAAAUUUCGAAUUUCCCUUUUUUUCUUGUAGACCUCAGAUGUGAAAAUUUACCUAAGGUAAAAAAUGGUCGUUCUAGCUUCAGCAACGGCAGCUACUUUCGCAGCGUGGUGACAUAUGAGUGUAAGAAAGGGUAUAGACUCCGCGGCUCGGUAGAACGAACUUGUAGAGCCACAGGAAAAUGGGACGGAGCGAAAGCGAGAUGCAGUAAGUAUUAUGCAUCAAAUUCAAUACAUGUUCCAACAAUUUAUCAAUCCGACCGUCCUUCCGAUUUUGUAGCCAUACACAUUUAAAUAGUUUACAAUUCUUUCUCAGGAUAGCCUUUUUUUUAUUUUUUAUAUUUUUUUUAUUUUUUCUCACGGCCCUGUCACAACUUUACAAUUUAUCCGUCCGUGCGUCCAUUUACUCACAUUUUAUGCGUUCGCUUAUCUUUGGCCUGUUCGUUGUUUAGUUCAGUCAUUCUUUGUCAUUUCUUAAGGUAAAAGUCGAUUAGCUAAUCUUUUCGCCAAAUGCUCGUUCAUUCACCGAAAGUCAUUUGGUACAGUAAACAAUUCAGUUCUUAAAUCACGGACAUAAAUAUUGGAUCAUUUCUUCGCUCUUGACAGGAACCUUGUGUCAGAAUCCAGGACAUAUCUCUUUUGGAAACAGACGAAUUGAACGUAUUAAGGGUGUGAAGUAUAUUCAUUUCUGGUGUUUUGAUGAAGACAUGUUUAAAAUGGUAGGAACUCCUCGAAUACGGUGCCAGGAAAACGGACAAUGGAGUGCUCCAAAGCCAAAAUGCAUUUAUUCACGUGAGUAGUUCAUUCGGGAUUCAUUCCUCAUACUUAACUAUGCUUGGUCGUCAAAUGAACCGCUGAAAUAAAUAAAUCGCGGUCGUUGGUGAGUUUAAAGAUCAAAUUAACUUUGAUUUACUAAAUUUUUUUUAUAAUUCGCAAGUCGCAAUCACGAUUCAUGCAAAUAUUUCGGUUUAGCGAAAAGACGGCUGAACAAUCUGAAGGUAUGCAGACGGAAAGAAGUAAAAUUUUUGCCUUUUGCUGUAAACGACAUGCUUAACCUCUCUAAUUUUUUCUUUCACUAGCUCCGUUUUGGUUUUUCCUUUCCCUGUUCUAUAAUUUGUUUCCAUGGUUUUUGUUUGAACGUCACUUUGCAAAUACUUUUGGUUGCGACUUUUAAGACAAUAGCCCCAUAUCCUGAAAACAAAUAAGUUUGAAUAUCUUUGAAAGAUAGCAUCAUGUGUUCUUAAAUUAUAAUUCUGUGUAGCUCCCUUAUGUGACAAGCCGAACAUCCCAGACGAAGCUGCUGUUAUCUACCCUCGGUCAAUGGAUAGGGAAUUCAAAUACGGUGACAGAGUGCUAUUGAAAUGCAAGGAAGGAUAUUUUAAGUCAGGACUUGGUGUUUACCAAUGUAAGAAAGGCAACAGGUGGAGUGGAGGCAUCACCUGCUCACGUGAGUUUAGUCUGUUUAGAGUUACAGUGCAUACUCAAUCUGUGCUGACUCGCCAAACUCAGUCACUGAGAUAUCUAAAAACAAACGCCAGAUCUUUGGGUCGUAACUGAGCGAUACACGAGUUAGGCGUUUUCACUUGGCACUGAUGCACAUGCAUGGUUUUAAGUGCAUUCCAGCUUAGAAAAACAAAUAACAAGGAAAAGAAAAGGAAAGAUCGACUCUCUUUUCUUUACACUAUAGAUAAAAAAAAAAAAGGUUACAAGAAAGACGGAAAAUUGUUGGUUUAGUUGUCCAUCUUUUCGUUGAACAGGGCUGUACUCUUUGGAAAUUUAACCUUCCUAAAGCGUUGAAAAAUUCCUAUAGUAAGAUCACGCUGGAUUUUUUUUCACAUUUUUGCUCCCUAGUAUUCUUCAUUUGAUUUCCCCCAGCGUUGUGUCUGUGGCAAAACCACCCAGCAAUUUAACUCAAAAUGGAUCUUGCUCAAAAUAAUAUUGCACAUCGUGAAAAAGAAACACACGGUUGUAUGAUUGAAAUCGAAAAUCAUUUACAGAAAUCAGUACUUGCCUAAGAUUUUUAUUAAUUUCAUCAGCUAAAAACUGUGGCCGCCCAAACGAUAUCCCUAACGGAAAGAUCAUAGGAUACGUAUAUUCCUUUAAAGAAAAGAUCAGAUACGAGUGCAAUGAAGGCUACAAUCUUAAAGGACCAUCUUAUAGAACAUGCCAGGCUAACGAGAAAUGGGGCGAUAAAGACCCUAUUUGUGAAGGUAAGAUAUUCGAUAAUAUAAAUAUUGAGAUCAUUUCGUACGUGUUUGUUAUUAGUCAUGUAAGUAUUACAGUUUUGUGUGGAAGAUAAAUUUUUUCAAAUUUACUAUUGCUUUCCCACAAAUUAAACACAGGCGAGAGCGAAGCAUGUGAACAUGGAUUUGAAAGUCACGUUUUGGAAUAGCGGAUCAACCACUAGUCCAUAGAGAAAAAUCUCACUGUGAACGUAGAUUCUACUUUGAAAUAAAUCUGAUUUUCGUUUCAUUUAUUUAAUUAAGGCAACAAGGAACGUGUAAAUUUUUAUGUUACAUUUUCUCGGAAAUCUCCUAAGAAUUAUUUUGUAGCUGCCUUAUACAUUUAUUAGUCUAGUGUUAGCAGUUAAACAGCAGUUUUAGGUGAGUGAAGAUUAGAAUAGUUUAUGGCAAUUGACGAAAGAGUCAUAGACUGUUUUAAACGCACGAGAAACGAAAUACGCAUUCAAAAAGAAAAAAAAAAUUUAGUAGGUAAAGAAAAAGUCUGCACUAAAGCCAAGAGGCCUGUUGGAGCUUAUCCCGCUUUCUAUUGUAUGAAGCGACUGGGAACAUUACUACUCCCGCUUGGAUGCAAUAUACCAGUUGAUCACAAGGUUACCCCCAAAAUUCGCCGAUGCUCAUUUAUAAUCCUGGGUAUGAGGAACAUUGUUAAAAGAAAAGUGUUUUGUCCAAAAACAUGCACAGCGGAGUCAAGGCCAUCGCGUCUCCCACAUUUAGAAAAUAACAUCUAAUAUUAUAUGUCAUUCUUGUUUGUUGUUGUUUUCUUUCGGAAGUUGUGGAUUGUGGCCCCUUACAAAAGCCAGAUCAUGGAGAUAUAAUAGAGCAAGUAGCGUUUACCUAUGGAAAUAGAAUAGUGUUCGACUGCGCAGAGACGGGUUAUGAGAUGAAAGGAUCAAGAGUAAGGACAUGCUUAAGUGAUGGAACAUGGAGUGGCUCUCUUACAACAUGCGAAGGUACGUAAGAGAAAAUUGAUCAGUUAAAGAAGUCACGUAUAGAAUAUUUCAAUAAUAGCAUUUGCUAUGCUACAGAAUUUUAACCUUACUAAAUGUAAAUAGAAACAAACUCAAGAAACAGUGAUAAAUAAAUUUAAACAGAAAAAAUGAAAAAGACUGUUUUCAUUGUUCGAAAGGCUUGAUGACUGAAAUUCUUAUGUGGCAGCCCAAAUCAUUUCAAUGUCGUACCAGAUAAAGUUUCACGGUUAAGAUGGCAUAUGUGCAAAAAGAUUUAGACCUCUCUGGAGCAAUUGCAAAGGAAAACAGCAAUCUGAUUUGGAGACGGAAAAAUUCAAGAUUCAAGUCAAGCGUUGGAAUGGGGUGCGUUAGCACACUGAUUGUAAACCUUUGUGAAGGAAAAGAAGAAUGCACUCAUAGACUUUUUCGAUUAAUGACAAUUUUAACAGAGUAACGAAAAAUCAAGAAGUACUAUACAACUUAAUGUUAGCUGUAGGCAUGAAAAGCUUUAACGCUUUAACCCGUGGGAGUAAACUGAAAUAAAAAUUAGUAAUAUAGAGAACACAAUUUUCCCAGUGAUUAAACCGACGCUGACCUAUAAAUAUCACAGUUCUUGUCCAGUUCUUGGAAAAUGUCUUUAUUGCUCACUGCCACAUGGUAACUAAUAAAAAGACAAUAAUUCCCAUUAAAAUGUAAGGCAAAGAGCAAUUUAAUGAUUGCCUUAAAGCUAAAAUUAGCAAUUCUUACAUGUUUGACUCCAUAGCACCAUGUGCUAGGCCCACCAUACCUGUGAAUGGCAAAAUAGUUGGAAAUAUCUUCAGUCAUGGAAAAUCUGUAAACUUUUACUGUGAUUCUGGCUAUAAAAGAGUUGGCGCCCGUUCGAUUAAAUGCGAUGAUGGUAAAUGGGAUAAGCCGUCUCCAGUCUGCAAAGGUUAGAAAUGUUGUUUUUUUCGCAACUUCAUGCAUUCACGUGCAUUCGUGAUGACUUAACCAACGUUCUCUUUAUGAUUAAUCAGGCAUUUGCUCAACACCGAGAGAUCCACAGAACGGAAAAUUGCAUCAGAAGGUGCCCCCAGAACGUUUCCUUGACGGAGAUGAAGCAAAAUUCUUUUGCAACAGCGGUUAUGACUUGAUUGGUAAAAAGAAACUUCGUUGUGUUGGAAAAGUGUGGGAUUCCAGCGAGCCUGAAUGUAAAGGUGAGUGUUCCAGCUCUUCUGAAAAAAGGUGCCCUUGAGAAAUAUUUUUGUUGUAAUGACUAGACUAGUGACCGCCUAAAUUAAUAGCUUUUUAGCUUUUCUUGCCCACUCAGUAGGCAAUGGUGGGACCUUAAACACAACUCGUGGGUAACAUUUUCCUGUAAUAAAAAAUAUCAGCUGGAGGGAAAAGGACAAAUACAAUGCAAAGAUGGCGUUUGGAGUGGUAACCGUCCUAAAUGUGUCGGUAAGAAAAUUCGAAUAAGAUGUUCCUUUGAGUUCUAAUUCAUAUGAAAAAGAAAUUCCGAGCGAUAUCAGUUGUUUUGUUUUUACGAAGAAAUUGUAUCUCUCUUUUAUCUUUUGGUCUUCUCCAAAGUGUGGUUAUAGCGUUGUACAUUGUAGAUGUAUCGUGACAGCCCCAUCCUGUGCUUGCUUUUAAAGUUCUUCUCCUUUCUUUUUUGAUCUUUGAAACCUUUUGUUUUUUCCCCUGCCUACUUUACUAAUACAGCCAUGUGUCCAGAUCCUGGUAAACCAUUGAAUGGCAAACGCUACGGCAACAAUUUCGAGAAAGGUAGCAUAAUAAAUUUUACGUGCAACACAGACCACGAGUUAAUAGGAAACAAUACUAUACGGUGUGAGGAUGGCGUUUGGAGCGGUAGUGUCCCUCUCUGUAAAGGUAUAGUGUUAUAUUAG